CUCCCCCCGCCAGCCACCCCCAGAUCAAAACAUAAACAAGACACUUCCCACAUCCCACCACCACCACCGCUACCACCCCCCCCCCGUUCACCCGCCAGCCAACCUUGCUGUUUGCGUGCUCCCAAUAUCAUCAUCGUUUGGCAUCUCGCGAUACGUCUCUGUAAAAGGGAACAAACCAUCGAGAACGCCCCCUCUCAAGGAGCGCACAAGUGUUUUUUUGCCGUCUGCAACCCCUCAGUGGCCUGCAGUCGAAGCUCCAUUAUUAUUGUCCACCGGCUUGAAGCGCAUCCUCACUCACCCGCCGCCAUGUCCGCCACGUCGACAAACAGUUGGCUCAAGGCCCAGCGCAAGAGCGACCUCGUCGAGCUCGCCGAUAAUGUCGGCCUGAAGAACUACGAGAGCCUCAAGAAGAGCGAUCUUGAAUCCGCCCUCGACGAGUUCAUCGCCGAGCACACUACGCGCUUCUCCAACCGUCCUGACCUGCAGGGCUACUUUAACUCGCGCUCCAAGGCGCUUGGCUCCCCCGUCAAGAAGGAACGCGAGUCUUUCAAGGAUGAGGCCGAAAAGGCGCUCAAGGUUGCCAAGCGACGAGUCACCAAGGUUGCCGAGGAACUGACGUCCGACGACGACCGCCGCUCCGCUUCCUCCUCUGCCGUGGCUCGCACUCCUGCGCGCAGCCUGUCCCAGGUCGCCGCGCGCAUUCCCCUGCCCGCGACCCCCGCCGACGUUGCCAACGCCGUCGACAGAUCUACUGUCGCCAUGCGCAAGCGCGUCUCCUCCAUCUACCAGGAGAGCGGCAUCACCGAGGCGUCGCAAGCCACGCGCGAGACUCUUAGCACCGUUACCAGCGUACUGUUCUGCGUCUCGGCCUUUGAGCUGUAUUUCAUCCGACCCGAGGUCCUCGCCAACCGUUAUGCCUUUACCGUGCCCGCUGUCGGCCUGCUGGGCACCCCGGAUUACCCCGUCUACCUGCCCGACAUGUUCCUGCUCCUGACCGCGAGCUUCUGGUCCCCGGCCUUGACCUGGGCUUUCACUAGCGUCGUUCUGCCCAGCCUUUUUGGCUACUUCUUCAACUUGAGCGCUACGAGCAACCCCGGCCCGCGAACCCGCUCCAAGGCGCACCAGCCCGAGAACGUCGUCGACCCCCUGACGUUCAGCAUUGUCAAGGCGCUCGUGUCGUACGUCGUGUACGGCCAGGGCGUCACCUUUGGCGGCCUUCUCAACGACACGUCGAUUGAGCGCCUCAACUCAGCCGUGUACGGCGGGUACAAGGGCGUUCUGGUCGGCACUGCCGUCACCGGCAUCGUCAGUAUCUACGACGCGGUGCUAAGAAAGUAAGCGGCAGCCAGGUUUGGGGCGACAUCUUGCUGGUCUCUAGCCGCUUUCGCGGUGUCAUCCCACAGGAGACCAUGAGACCGUGUCGCGAGGCCGCCUCUACAUCCACAUAGCUUCGUCCGACAACAGUUAUCGAAGUUUCGCGCUCUUCUUAGGCUACGACGAACCGGACAGGCGCCAUUCAUGCACGGAAGCUGGUAUGUUUUUCUCUUCUUGGGGACACGCGCCUUGUUCUCGCGUGGCCCAGGUGGCGUUGAUGGCGUUGAUGGCGUCGCGGCGUGGCUUCGAUACCAAUCUUUGUCUUCGCUUGGAUGGCCUUGAUGCCUUUGCCAGUCUGCCUUGUCAUUCUCGACGGCGCGACUUGCGGCGAUGCUGCCCCAUCGGGCAUUGCUUUUUCCUCAAAGUCGAACCUCGAUCGGAUGAGAUGCCAAUGGACUAAUUGGCGUUGGGUAUUGUACAUGACACUUUUGCACGCACCACGCACCCUUUACCAUCUGCCUCCUGUUCCGAGUUGCACUUUCAUGUUUGUACUUGGCUUGUGACCGCAAGUGUAGUGUUGUUUUUAGUUUCUGUGCUUUGCGCGGAAGAUGAUAACUUAUGGUUUUGGCUUAGUGGGGCUAUCGUUAUUGGGACUAUCUGGGGUUGGCGGCGGGUUGCUGCGUUUCAAAAGACGCUUGGGGUCGGGGUUGGGCAAUAUCUCGUAGAGGGCGGAGUCGGCUAGCAAAGGGGGCAUGCGGACACGGCGGUGAGUGAACGAUUGGAAUAUAUGCUCUUUACUGUUCGAAG